CGUCGCUCGUGUAAAUCGAGUUAAGGGUUCUAGGCUGUCAAAAAUUUUUGCAAUAGAGCUUCUAUAUAUCACUCACGACCCCCCUCAUCCUCCCAUCGACCAAAAAAGGGGGACCACGCUGGAUAAGUGAAUCUAUAUAUAAGAACAUCAUUUGGAUUUGGACGACUCAUCAACGACCCAACUUGAGUUCUGUCGGUGGCCAUAGCCCCAAACAGCCAUUUACCGGAGACUUUUAUUUGGUUGAGUAUUUGAACCAACCUCGAAAAGAAAACAACCUCGAAACGAAGAGACGAUGGAUCUUCCUAGUCCUCCACGCGACAUCGCCAUCGUUGGCGCAGGCAUUGCCGGCAUUGCCUGUGCGCUGGCUCUCUCCCGAGAGCUCUCACCAUUCGUGCCGAACCUCAACAUCACAAUCUACGAGCGACAUGACAUUUUGUCGACCUCAGGCGGUGCAAUCAAUUUGACUCCCGUCGCACAACGGCACCUAGCACAGCUAGGAGUUCUGGACGAGUUAGACCGUAUGGGCUCCGACGGUGGGGCCGAAGUGGAUGCGAUUGAACUUUUUUCAAUGCGUUCAGGUCGCUCAAUCGGCUCAAUUGACUUUAUUGAUCACAAUGGAAACGGCUUUGGCGGGUACAAGGGCCGCCGUGUCAUGCGAAUCAUUCUGUCCAUGGCCAUGAUGACGGUGGUCGAAAGGACUCCAAAUGUCAAUCUCGUCUUUGGCAAGAAAGUGAUUGGCGGUGAGGAAAUCAGUGACAAGGCCAUUAUUCAUUUCAGUGAUCAAUCGGAAGUCAUUGCAGACCUCGUCAUUGGCUGUGAUGGUGUUCAUUCCGCCGUUCGUACCCGCUGGGUUGAUCCCGACUGCGCCUCUCAAUACACGGGCAUGUCUUUCUUACAGGCUACUCUCUCGGCAAACUCCCUCUCCACUCCACCCCAUUUCCAGUCAUCUGCGUUGAAUAUCUCCCGUCAUGGCUCGGUGUUGACGAGCUUCUGCGACCGUGAUCGCGAGCAAAUAUUUGCAGCUGCCAUCGUUCAGUUCGAUCAAGCAGAACUGAGCCACCAUCGCCUUGAGCCGGGGCAAGACUGGGCAACUAAGGAUCGGAUUCGUCGGGAUUUGCGCUACGAGAUGCGAUCUCGGUUCUCCAAAUCAGCGCUGCCCUGUAUCCGAGAGAUAGUGGAGAGUAAAGCGGAUUGGAUGCUUUACCCUGUUUAUCAAGUCCGACCGGGAGGACGAUGGUGUAUGAACCGUGUCAUCCUACUUGGUGAUGCAGCACAUGCGAUGCCCCCUCGAGACGAAUCAGCAGCAUAUGCCUUGGAUGAUGCUAUUCUCUUUGCUCGUAUCCUGGCACGUUACCGCUCGGAGCCUCUCACAGAGGUCUUCGAGGCAUACGAGCGACUUCGUCGAGAAACGAUCAACCGCGCUUUCAAAGAAUCCCGCCGCAUGUGGGAUAGGAAUCGUGACAUGGGCUUUUUGGAAGGCCGGCUUAAAGAGUGGAUGAUGCCCUUCCAGAUUCGAAGUCACCGCGAUGAACGAGAAAGUGCGUGGGAGUUUGACGCAACCAAGAUUCUGCUUCCGACACCGACUCCAAGCGAGGAUUUGGUGUCGCUAAAUUCAUUCUUAAAGGAAGGUACUGCAUAAGCGAAAAUCUAUUAUGAAAUACUUCCUUCGGUUGGCUCGGGUGUUUGGAUGGAUUGCAUUGAGGGUGUACUGAUUUGAAUUUAUGGUGUGAUACCCGGGGAACUAUUGGGUUUAGUGAUAUCGGUAGUCAAUCAAGUCGGGCUCAUGCCUAGUGGCUGGUGCCAAUUUCGAAGUCUAAUUUCCCGAAGUGUACCAUAUCCUACCAUGUCCAUACCGAACUGGGCGAGUUGAUGAACCCUGCUCUAGCAUCUGUCAUAGGCUAGUCUGCCGAGAGAUAUGUAUGGCCAGG